AUGCACGCCGCCAAGCUCCUAGCUGCACUCGGCCUAUCGGCCUUGGCUUCCGGCGCGCCCCUCGAAACGCCUCUCCACGCUCGUGACGCUGGAGAUGUCCUCGCAGAGCUGCAGGCUCAGGCUAUGGAAAACCUGAAGACAGCCGAGGCCAACGGGACUUUAUCUAAGCGUGGAAGCUGCAACCUGAUGAAUGCUCAAGUGCGCAGAGACUGGGCCGCUUUCUCCGCACAAGAGCGUAAGGAGUACAUCAGUGCGGUUCAGUGCAUGUUGACUUCGCCGUCGAAGUCAGACUCUUCUUUCGCCCCAGGCGCCCGCAACAGAUAUGACGACUUUGUUGCCGUUCAUAUCAACCAGACUCGCACCAUCCAUGGCACUGGCAAUUUCUUGACCUGGCACAGGUACUUUACUUGGGCUUACGAGAAUGCUUUGAAGACUGAAUGUAGCUACAAGGGCGCCCAGCCUUACUGGAAUUGGUUUGCCAAUACCGAUGAUCCUCGCAAGUCUCCAGUGUAUGAUGGAAGCGAUACCAGCUUGAGCGGCGACGGCGAAUACGUCCCUCAUAACGGCAGCGUCAGCCGUGCCCCCAACGGAAACAUCGAGGUCCCCUCCGGAUAUGGAGGCGGUUGUGUCAUGAGCGGCCCGCUCGUCAACAUGACUGUGCAUCUUGGUCCCGUCUCCCCAGGCAUGGAUGGCCUCGAAGUCAACCCUAACGGCCCCAUGGAGUACAACCCCCGCUGUCUUCGCCGCGAUCUUAGCGCCUAUUCCGCCUCCACGUGGAUGACGACGGACAAUCUUGUCAACGUGACUAUGGGUCAGGCUUCCAAGAACAUAUCGACGUUCCAGAACGAGUUGCAGGGCCGCUUCGGUGAUGGUUUCCUUGGGAUGCAUGCCGCUGGUCACUUCGUUGCGAACGGAGAUGCUAGCGACCUGUACUCCUCACCCACCGAUCCCACGUUUUUCCUUCAUCACGCCAUGGUUGACCGUGUCUACUGGCUCUGGCAAGCGAUGCACUUGUGGGAGGCGUUUGAGAUUGCCGGUACCAUCACCAUCCAGAACCUGCCCCCUAGCCGUGAUGCUACCAAGGAUGACCUGGUCCUCAUGGGUGUCCUUGCUGAGGAUCGUCCUAUCAAGGACCUUCUGAACACUAUUGAUAGCACUCCAUUCUGCUAUAUCUAUGCAUAA